CCACUGCAUCGUUGCCCGAGUCCGUAACUGCAGCCACUGUCAGCACAAACCGUGGAGGAAGCCGCUGAAUGCUUGGCGGGUCGGACCGGGUCGAUCAGGCUCAACCGUCACAAAAUCACACCCAACGACUCCUAUCGAAUACCAUCUCCUAUCGUCACCACGCCUAUCUGAAUCAACACUCCAUCCUAACUAACCUUUAUAUCCACAGCGCAGGACGCUCAAGAUACACGUUUGAUGCUGUACAAAUUCUAUUGCUCAUUCCAGCAUCGCGUGGUUCAAACGAGUGGCGUUUAUCUAGUCCAGCUGAUGUCUUUUCUUCUGCCUCACAGCUGAUAAUUUACAGCCAGCCCAGCCUCGCGAACUGCUCCAGCUGUCUGCUCUAUUUGAACGCUGUGACCGCCUGAAUCGUCGAAGAGUGUCUUUUUUUUUUGCUAACGAUCACAUCGCAUCAAGAACUUAUCAUGGCACAAGCACAGGCACAGGUUGACAGCAGCGAGUCGAAUAAGUCGCCGGCUCCAGCUGGUGUGCCGCAGUAUGUUUUAGAUUAUGCGCCACUCGUCCACCUCUACACCAAAGACCCCUACGGCCCCUCCGCCAUCUCCGCACAAAUCGCUAACACACGCCCACAAAUUUCCUUCAAAGACGUCCAAAUCCCCUCCCCGCCCCUAACCCUUUCCAACCUCGACCAGCUAAACUCCGUGGGCACAAAAGGCGGCAGCGACGUCUACCUAACCAGCACCGUCGAUAUCACCACCAAUCCACAAUGGCUAAACGGCGCAAAGACCGAUGCAAGUGGAAUGACUGUGGGUACUGGAGAGAAGAGCUCAGUUGUAAUCGUCGUAGAUAAGGGGAACGGGACCGUGGAUGCGUUUUAUAUGUAUUUCUUUGCGUUUAAUUGGGGCGGGGUUGUGCUGGAGAAACAGCUUGGCGACCAUGUAGGUGAUUGGGAACAUAAUAUGAUCCGCUUUGAAAACGGCGUCCCUAAGGUGGUAUGGUUCUCUCAGCAUGCAAAUGGGGAGGCUUUCAAAUAUGAAGUCCUCAAGAAAGACAAGUCCGGGAAGAGGCCUCUUGCCUUCUGUGCUCAUGGUUCCCACGCACUCUACCCCACGGCCGGAACCCACGACCACACCAUUCCUAACUUCAACCUCCCCUUCAAAUUCCUCCUCGUUGACCAAACCGACACCGGUCCUCUCUACGACCCCCUCCCCUGCUCCUACUACUACCAAUACUCCACCUCCUCACAUUCCAUCUCCCCAUACAACCCCUCCGACCCAGUUGGCUACCUCAACUACCGUGGCCGCUGGGGCGACGAACAAUACCCGGACAAAGACAAGCGGCAAACGCAGCUGGCCGGAAAUCGGAAGUAUGUUGGGGGUCCGACUGGGCCGAUGGAUAAGCAGUUGGAGAGGAAGAUGGCUUGGCCUGAGAGUCAGUGGGCGAAGGGGCAGAGGGUUAGGGGGGGGUUGGGCUUAUGACUGUAUGGUAGGGAUCUCGGGGAAGCAAUGCGGAAUUUAAUGAAGUGUGGGGGUAAGAGGAAGGGGGUUAAGAGAGUCAAGGUUGAUGGGGCAGUUGUGAAGUAGGUGUGGGUGAGAGUGAGAGUGAAGGGGGAUGAUGCAGCAUGCAGGAAGGUAAUUAGCGGGGAAAUUGCUAGCUUGUGAGUUUGGUGGGUUGGACGGGAUGUCUGGGCGUUCUGUCGUUUUCAUUUUGUUAUGCUGCUCUGCAUUGUAGUGUUAAGUUGGGUGACAGAACUGCACCCUUACACCGACUUAAAUACUACAGCAGAAAUCAACCUAGCAUGCUUAUGGGGCACUUUCAACUUUUCU